CGACUCUCGACUUGUCUCCUACCACGCCAUACAUUAUAUUCGUCUCUCCUUCCUUUGUUCAAGAUGCAGUUCUUUUUUCUUGUGUCUUUCUAUCUUUUGGCAGUGCCGGCCACUGUCCUGGCAUGCGAAGGCGAUUGUAUUGUCGAGAUAACAAAGGCCUUUCUAUCUAACUAUACAGAUCCCAUUCGGUUAACGAUGCAGCAACUCGCACAAGAGAUUUCCUACUCUAUUCCUAAUCAACCAUCCCCGGAAAGAACCAUCAACUAUCUUCAACCUCUGCUGGAUGCCUAUAACGACGAUGCUUAUGACGGCAUGGAGAACGCGAUCUUUCCCAGCUACUUCCAUGGAAAAUGUCUUCGCGACGGUGUCACCCCUCCUGGCUGUCCUAACCCUGAUUGCGACGUUGUCUGCGGCACACCUGGCUCUCUCGUUCACUUCUACCCAAAGCUUCGCUAUAUCGCGUAUAAUCAAACCUACCAUGGUCUCCAGAGGCUCGCUUCCCCAGGAACCGACGCGUACAAACAAGUUGAAAAUGCCAUCUUGAAUUCUGUACACCAAGAAGGACCCCCUUCUCGUCGCAGCUCUCGUCUCUUUGCUCGAUUCUCACCACUUGCUGGAUCAAGCCCCACUUCUCUUGCUAGUAGACGUGACGAUGACGAGGAUAUACGCGUGAAAGUGCAGACUAUCAUGGCGAAGAUCCGGCCGACGCUAGAGAGCGUUUGCGGUGGAAGUGGUAACGGCGAAACAAACGGCCUUCCGAAUUGCAGUUGGGAAGACGCUAUGAAGGCGUAUAUCUUGACCUUCCCAUGAUCUUCUCUUGUAAACUCUUCGAAGCAGGACUUCUCUCGCCGGACGAACUAUUCCUUGGACUCAGACUUGGACUCAGAUCAAUACCAUGGCUCUUCACACACUAAUGUAUCAAUAGGCUGUCGCAUUGUAAUACUCGGAUGUAAUCACAAUAAUAUUCCCCACUGCCC